UCUUGUCGUGUUAAAAUUCAUGCCCCUACCUUUCACCAAAAAAACCUGCAGAAAUUCUCUAGUGCACAGAUUUCAUCCAUGGCAGCCGAUUCGCCAGCCCCAGCUUCUUCGCCUUGCCCAAACACUGAUCAUAAUCCCGAUCAAAAUUCGAAUUCUCCAGGAUUUAAGGAUCCUGACCUCGAUUCACUUUCGUUGGAACCCUCCCUUCGUCCUGCACAGGUACGGUCUAACGAGGAGGAGAUGCUGGAUGAGACCUCACAGCCUUCAUCCCCAGUCACCGCUCCAGCUGAGGUGCCUCCUUCCUCCCUCCCUUCCCCUUCUCCGACCGUCUCGGCAACAUCUCCCGUGCCUGUGGCUUUCUCUACAGCUCCAGACCUUGUGGAUACGGCCGCUGUUGGAAUUCCGACGCUGCUCCACCUCUCCUUCAACCAAGACUAUGGUUGCUUCACCGCGGGUACUGACCGCGGUUUUCGCAUCUAUAACUGCGAUCCCUUCCGCGAGAUAUUCCGCCGUGACUUUGAUGAUGGUGGGAUCGGUGUCGUUGAGAUGCUGUUCCGAUGCAACAUCCUUGCUCUCGUCGGUGGUGGUCCGCAGCCCUAUUACCCACCGAACAAGGUGAUGAUUUGGGACGACCAUCAAAGCCGCUGUAUCGGCGAACUCUCAUUUCGAUCGGAGGUCCGGGCAGUCCGCCUGCGGCGGGACCGCAUCGUCGUCGUCCUUGACCACAAGAUCCUUGUGUAUAAUUUCGCUGAUCUCAAGCUUGUUCAUCAAAUCGAGACCGUGCCAAACCCGAAGGGUUUGUGUGCGGUAUCUCAGCAGCAGGGGUCGUUGGUGCUGGUCUGCCCUGGGGGACAGAAAGGGCAGGUGAGAGUGGAGCACUACGGGGUUAAGAAGACCAAGUUCAUCGUGGCACAUGAUUCUAGAAUUGCAUGUUUUGCACUCUCACAGGAUGCACGACUGAUCGCCACCGCCAGCACCAAGGGAACACUGAUUAGGAUUUUCAGCACCAUGGAUGGAACCCUCCUUCAAGAGGUGCGGAGGGGUGCCGACAGAGCAGAGAUAUACAGCCUUGCCUUCUCUGUCAACAUGCAGUGGUUAGUUGUUUCCAGUGACAAAGGAACAAUACAUGUAUUCAACCUCAAGCUUAAUUUGGGUUUAACAGCGAAUGAUAAACCACGUCCUGCACCAGAACCAAAUGUUCCUGCUGCGAGUUCAUCACUAUCUUUCAUUAAGGGUGUAUUACCCAAAUAUUUCCAUUCAGAAUGGUCCGUAGCGCAAUUCAGAUUACCUGAAGGUAGCCAGUAUAUUGUUGCUUUCGGCCAUCAGAAAAACACUAUUGUUAUUCUUGGAAUGGAUGGAAGCUUCUACAGAUGUGUGUACGACCCUGUAUUAGGUGGGGAAAUGAACCAGUUGGAAUGCUACAACUUCUUGAGACCAGAUCAAAACCGCUAGCUGCUGGUGGCAUGGUGAGAUUCUUCUCCUCGCUUAGGUGGCUUCUGGUGACUGUAAUUCGGCUUUUUUUUUAUAUUUUUAAACUUAAUAAAGCUGUAAAUAUUUUUAGUGGUCUGUAAAUACUAUGCUUUCUUCCACUUCAUUCCACGUCCCUCCAGUGAUGCCAAGAAAGCUUCUGUUUGUAUAUUAUGUCCCUGCCUUCAUUUUAUUAACAUAAUUCACCCAUGAAAAUAAACUUUACACUCGCCAACUUGCUUGUUUUCUCUCGUUCCGUUUGGUG